UGGGCAGCUGCUGAUUGGCUGUUGCUAGGCAGCACGGGGCGGAGCAAGUUCAACCUGUUCCUGGAUCCACCUGAGGCCGUUCACAGUGAAUGGGAACCGGACGUAAGAAACAUGUUCGCCUUCAAAGUCGGGAAAAAAAACAUUGGGAAUCAAUGCAACAUCGUCAGAUGGUUUCUCCAGGCGCUGAUGCUCUUCAUCCUCCUGCUGUUCAGCGUCGUCAUCUUCCUGAAGCUCUACGACGACCCGAUCAAAGAUAAAACUAAAAAUACGCUGAAAUUCAGUCGCUCCUCCAUGAUGGACUCCGACGCAGAGGCGCCAUGCUCCAUGAAGAACGUCUGUCCAGGGAAUCACAUCGGUUUCUUCGUCCAGAGCGGAGCUGCAAACGUUGUUCCUCCAAAGAUCUGCAUCAACAACAACCUGGCUUUAGGAACCGUUCUGAACAACGCUGGCGGCGGAAUCAACGUCGUGGUGGUAAACGGUAAAUCCGGAGACGUCCUGAAGACGGAUCACUUCAACAUGUACAGCGGCAGUGUGGAGCCGCUCAUCGAGCUCCUCAAGAACAUCGAGACGGGUUCUGUGGUUCUGAUGGCCGUUUUCGACGAGGGAUCCACAAAGUUAAGUGAGGAGGCCCGGACUCUGAUCUCGGAGAUGGGCAGCUCCUCCAUCCAUUCCCUGGGAUAUCGGGAUAACUGGGUGUUUGUUGGAGGGAAAGGGAUGAUGGGGAAAAGCAACUUCGAGAAGUACAUAAAGAGCGACAGUUCCAAAAACAAGUAUGAUAACUGGCCUGAGAUGGUGGAGGUGGAGGGAUGCAUUCCCAAAUACGUGGAAUAAUCCCGGAAAAAUCAGCAGGAAGCUGCAGGACGGGAUCUUUAGGACAUACUAAACUGAUCUGGAUGAAUCCAUGAGAUCCUCCACAUCCUGCAAAAAGCCGGGCCUGAUGCUGAGACUCAGAGUCCAGGUUAAAUUAAAAUAAUCCGGUCAGCUGUGGAUGGAAUAAUUAAUCUGUAUUCAAAGGAAAACAGGAAACAUCCGAACAUCUCCACUGAUCCAGGAUCCUAAUCCAUCUGGAACAAUCCUGCUGCUGCUGACGUUUAACUUUCCUCAAGGUCCAGCCUCACCUGCCGGAGCCAUUUAUAGACUUCAGCAGAUUAAAAGCAAAUUAACAGAUUAUUAGGGCAUCAUGAGGAGCAAAGUGUUUUUAUGGGAAGGGGAUUUGAUGGAUUUAUGUUGUCAGAUAGAAAAAGUGGGAAAAGGUAAAAAUAUUGUAAAUAUUUCUAUUAAAAUGAAACAUUUAAAUUCUAGUUUUUAACUUAUUUUUCUGUUUUGUAUUAAAUAAAUCCUGUUUUUACUUUA